GGUCAAAAUCCCCGGGGCAAUAUUUUCAAGAUCGCGGAAUCUUCCUCUUUCUGGUCCAAAAAUUGUAGAUCUGCAAAAAGCCCCAUGUCUGGUUGUGUAACCAGACGUGCAACAAAAGGUUUUUGAGGCUGUCAGGAAACGAUGUGAUUGGUUCGCAGAGUUGCAUGGGUUGAGGGGAAUGGAAAGUUGAUGGACGGAAAACACCAGGAUCACAGCACAACAAUAACACGAUACGAUUACAAUAUCAAUAUGGCAGAAGAAGGAAAGCGUAGGAGAGCGAGACCGUCGAGCUGGUGGGAGGUGCAAGAUAAUGAAAAUAAAGAUGCGAAUGGGGAGGAGGCAGGAGGCAGUCAAGCUACGGCACACGCGCAAAGUCAAAGUCCAAAUAUAAAUACAGUGGGUGGAGGAAUUGCAAAGAAAAAGGCAAGACCUUGGGUUCCGACGGGAAUGAAUGUGCCUAGUGAGAAGAAGAGGGGUCGACCUUCUUUGGAUCCGGGUUCUGGGAUCUCGAAACAAAGCGAGGGGAACGAUGAGGGAGAGGGCAAUGUUGAGGUCGUGGCUGAAGAUGAGAGUUCAAGAACGAGAAGAGGAAGGAAAAAUACAAAUAACACGGGAGGAUUAUUGAGUGGGCAUGGCAAUACGGAUGUCAGUGAAACGGUAACUGCGAUCAGUUCUCUGGCACCGCAGAAGAAGAGGGGUAGACCUGCUGUAGGAGUUGUUGAUCGCGCAGCGAGUAAUGGAUCAUCAAAAAGCGCGACGACGGGAGGCCGAACAAAGGAUGGAUUAAAGGCGCCACACACGCGUGUAGAGGAAAAAAAUCGUGGAAGGCCUGCGUUGGGGAAUGUGGGUACUACAAAUAAUCGAGAGAGAAAGAGCGAUGGGGUUAAUAUCGAGGCCGAGAAGAGCAAGUCGUCGCGAUCACAAAAGCGCCAUCAGGUAGGACCUGAAUCAUCGGUGCCAACUCGUAAAAUGAAGAAGCCCUCCAAGAAUGACGAAGAAGCAUCCGAGAAGCAAUCGAAAUCAUCGAAGCCGAAGAAGCAUGUUAGAAUAUCGGAUGUAUCACAAACCAAUGAGCCGGAUGCUGGAAAGCCAAAAACUAAGAAAGCUGGGGCUUCAGAUAAUUCCGAGUCCACAAAGAAGCGGAAGAAUUCGAAUACUGAAGAACAGCAACCACAACAACAAACUAAACGUCGUCGUGUGGAAGAUUCACAGGAUAAACGGGCCGAGGAAGAACAGCCAGAGCCGCCUUCAUAUCGACAUCUAGCAGCUGUUACUCGGCGUGUAACACACGAAACUAUCAAUACGAAAUGGGAACCUCUACCACCAGCGUGCUUAGAUAAGAUCUCAGAGUUAUUGGUUGAUGUGCAAAGACCAGUUGUCUUACAGGUUCGCGAUGAACGCAAGAAGACUCAAGCCAGUACAGCAAUACAAAUGAUAAGCCGUCGGCUUUUGAAUAGAGUUCGAAAGGGCAUGCCAUUUCCUAAAGGGACAAGAACCAAUCCAGAGGAUGAUUUUGAUUUUGAGAAGAUACUGGAUUACAAUCGAGCUUUAGAGAAUCAACUCACACCGGUUUUGCAUUCAAAUAAUCUUUUGGAGGCCGAAUUGAGGAAAGAGGAGAUUCUACUUGAGAAUGAGGAGAGAUAUCUUGCAGAACUGGAGGCAAAUGCAAAGGAUGAAGCGACAAGUAGAAGACAAGCUGCUCGAAAAGCUCAUCCAUUGCUUCAGUUCGAGGUUGAUGGCGCUCAAAAGGUACUCAAUGAUAACAUUGGUAUAGAUGAGAACGCAUCUACUUCCUCAAUAACUCUAAACGCCUCGAAAUAUCAAGAUCUUGAAGGCAUUGUUAAAAGUAUAGAUGGUCACGUGGACAGUAUUAAGGGCAACUUACAACAGAUUGAAGGUAUUACCGAUGCUAUGGCUAAGAGUAAAGCUUCUGUACAAGCUGCUCUAUUCAGUCAUCUCAAUCUCGAACAGUACAAUGGCGUUGUUCUGGGUUAAAGACAUAAAAACGGUUAUUGACGCAAGACACAACGGUUUGGUGGGAGGAAAGUGGGAUUACAUGUUUAAGUUUGGGAGAAACAUUCCAGAGGAAUAUUUCUGUGUUGCGUGGCCAUUGAUUCUAUAGUUAUUGUAUUAGAUACCCAAAAUUGCCUUCUUCAUCAUUGAUAUGUAUGUAGUUAUAAUGAUCUACAAUUUAUUUGUUCUUUGUACCA